GGCGCCCCCUCUCGUCAGUGUCAGUGCCUCCUCCCAGCUCAACCCCGUGCCGAGGGCCGCUUCCCGUCGCGGGGAUUGCCGGGACAGUUCCAAGAUGGCGGCGACGGUCCGCGCCGACCCGGGUCUUUGCCAAGAGUUCCAUUCAUUUCCCGGCUGCUGAUCGGGGCCGCGGAAUCGCGGGAGAGGCCGGGGGCCGCUGGGCAGGGCGCGAAGGGUCACGCCGGGCCCGGGGCUGGCUUCGGGAGCCGCGGGGCCUCCCGCUGACAGGCCGCCAUGGCCACCCUGGAGAAGCUGAUGAAGGCGUUCGAAUCCCUCAAGUCUUUCCAGCAGCAGCAGCAGCAGCCUCCGGCGCCGCCGCCGCCGCCGCCGCCACCGCCGCAACCGCCCCAGGCGCAGCCGCUGCCGCAACCGCAGCAGUCGCCCCAGCAGCCGCCGCCUCCGCCGCCACCGCCGCCGCCGCCUGGGCCAUCCGGGGUGGAGGAGCCGGCGCACCGACCAAAGAAAGAACUUUCAACUACUAAGAAAGACCGGGUUAAUCAUUGCCUGACAAUAUGUGAAAAUAUAGUGGCUCAGUCUCUCAGAAAUUCCCCAGAGUUUCAGAAACUUUUAGGGAUUGCUAUGGAGCUCUUUCUUCUGUGCAGUGAUGAUGCAGAAUCAGAUGUCAGAAUGGUAGCUGAUGAAUGUCUCAAUAAAGUUAUAAAAGCUUUGAUGGAAUCCAAUCUUCCUAGGUUACAGUUAGAGCUCUAUAAAGAAAUAAAAAAGAAUGGUGCUUCUCGAAGUCUGAGAGCUGCUCUCUGGAGAUUUGCUGAACUUGCUCAUCUGGUUCGACCUCAGAAGUGCAGACCAUAUUUGGUAAACCUUUUGCCUUGUCUGACUCGAAUAAGCAAGCGAACAGAAGAAUCUGUACAAGAGACUUUGGCAGCUGCUAUACCCAAAAUUAUGGCAUCUUUUGGAAACUUUGCAAAUGACAAUGAAAUUAAGGUUUUAUUAAAAGCUUUCAUAGCGAAUCUCAAGUCAAGUUCCCCUACAAUACGACGAACAGCAGCUGGAUCAGCAGUGAGCAUCUGCCAGCAUUCAAGGAGGACACAGUAUUUUUAUACCUGGUUACUUAAUGUACUUUUAGGCUUAUUGGUUCCUGUUGAGGAGGAGCAUUCCACUCUCUUUAUUCUUGGAGUAUUGCUCACUUUGAGGUAUUUGAUCCCUUUGCUCCAACAGCAAGUCAAGGACAUGAGUUUGAAAGGGAGCUUUGGGGUCACACGAAAAGAAACGGAAAUAUCACCUUCUACAGAUCAGCUCAUCCAGGUAUAUGAAUUGACCUUGCAUUACACCCAGCAUCAAGACCAUAAUGUUGUAACUGGAGCAUUAGAACUAUUGCAGCAACUUUUCAAAACACCUCCAGUUGAGCUUCUCCAAGCCCUGACUACUGCAGGUGGUUUUGGACAGGUCAAUGUGACCAAAGAAGAAUUUAGUAGAAGUCGCAGUGGGAGUAUUGUAGAACUUAUAGCUGGAGGGGGGUCUUCAUGCAGCCCUGUUCUUUCAAGAAAGCAAAAAGGUAAAGUGCUCUUAGGAGAAGAAGAAGGCUUAGAAGAUGACCCAGAAUCAAGGUCUGAAGUGAGCAGUGCAACAUUUGCAGCCUCAAUGAAGAGUGAAAUCACGGGUGAAUUGGCUUCUUCAUCAGGUGUAUCUACUCCUGUCUCCACAAGUUCAGCUGCUGAUUCCACAGGUCAUGAUAUCAUCACGGAACAGCCCAGAUCACAGCAUACUCUGCAAUCUGACCCUGUUGAUCUGACUGGCUGUGACUUGACGAGCGCAGCCACAGAUGGGGAUGAAGAGGAUAUGCUGAGUCGCAGCUCAAGCCAGAUCAGUGCUGUCCCAUCUGACCCUGCCGUGGACAUGAAUGAUGGGACCCAGGCUUCAUCGCCAAUUAGUGAUAGUUCACAGACCACUACAGAGGGGCCUGAUUCAGCUGUGACCCCUUCAGACAGUUCUGAAAUUGUAUUAGAUGGUGCUGAAAGCCAGUAUUCAGGAAUGCAGAUUGGACAGUUACAGGAUGAAGAUGAUGAGACAUCAAAUGUUCUCCCUGAUGAGACUCCAGAUAGUUUCAGAGACUCUACUAUUGCACUUCAGCAACCUCAUCUCCUGAAAAGCACAGGACAUAGUAGACAGCCAUCUGACAGCAGCGUUGACAGAUUUUUAUCAAAAGAUGAAGCUGUGGAGCUAGGUGAUCAUGAAAGUAAGCCUUCCAGAGUAAAAGGAGAUAUUGGACAUUUCACUGAUACUGACUUGGCACCUCUAGUCCAUUGUGUUCGACUGCUUUCUGCUUCCUUCUUGCUCACUGGAGAAAAAGGUGCAUUGGUUCCAGAUAGGGAUGUAAGAGUAAGUGUGAAGGCUUUGGCAGUGAGUUGUGUUGGAGCAGCUGUGGCCCUUCAUCCUGAAUCUUUUUUCAGCAAACUUUACAAAACACCUCUUGAGACUAUGGAACACCCAGAAGAUCAAUAUGUCUCAGAUGUUUUGAACUAUAUUGAUCAUGGAGACCCACAGAUCCGAGGAGCUACUGCUAUUCUUUGUGGGACUAUUAUCUACUCUAUUCUUAAUAAAUCUCGCUUCAGUGUGGAAAACUGGUUGACAGCUGUCAGAAAUUCAACAGGUAAUACCUUUUCCCUGGUGGACUGCAUCCCUUUAUUGCAGAAAAGUUUGAAAGAUGAAUCUUCAGUUACCUGCAAGCUGGCUUGCACAGCUGUGAGGCAUUGUGUCAUGAGUUUAUGCAGCAGUUGCUUUAGUGAAUUAGGAUUACAGUUGAUCAUUGAUGUCUUAACUCUGAGAAAUAGUUCCUACUGGUUGGUCAGGACAGAACUUUUGGAUACGCUGGCAGAAAUUGACUUUAGGUUAAUUAGCUUUUUGGAGGCAAAAGCAGACCAUUUACACAAAGGUUCUCAUCAUUAUACUGGGCUUUUAAAAUUGCAGGAUCGAGUGCUCAAUAAUGUUGUCAUCUAUUUGCUUGGAGAUGAGGAUCCUCGGGUGAGACAUGUUGCUGCAUCUUCAUUAAUAAGGCUUGUUCCAAAGCUGUUUUAUAACUGUGACCAAGGACAGACUGAUCCAGUUGUGGCUGUAGCAAGGGACCAAAGUAAUGUCUACCUGAAACUUCUAAUGCAUGAGACUCAGCCUCCCUCUCACUUUUCAGUCAGCACCAUCACCAGAACAUAUAGAGGUUAUAACUUGCUUCCAAGUAUAACUGAUGUGACAAUGGAAAAUAACCUUUCUAGAGUUAUUGCAGCAGUUUCCCAUGCAUUGACGACAUCAACUACACGAGCACUUACAUUUGGCUGUUGUGAAGCUUUGUGUCUUCUUUCUACUGCUUUUCCUGUUUGCAUUUGGAGUCUAGGAUGGCAUUGUGGGGUUCCUCUCCUAAGUCCCUCAGAUGAGUCUAGGAAGAGCUGUACAGUUGGAAUGGCUACCACAGUUCUCACUCUGUUGUCCUCAGCUUGGUUCCCCCUGGAUCUGUCAGCACAUCAAGAUGCUAUUAUCUUAGCUGGGAAUUUGCUUGCAGCUAGUGCCCCUAAAUCCUUGAAAAACCCAUGGACUACAGAAGAUGAAGCCAAUCCAGGAGCCAUGAAGCAAGAAGAGCCAUGGCCAGCUCUGGGAGACCGAGUUUUGGUUCAGAUGGUGGAGCAGCUCUUUUCUCAUUUACUGAAAGCCAUUAAUAUCUGUGCACAUGUGUUGGAUGAUGUUACUCCUGGGCCAGCAAUAAAGGCAGCCUUACCCUCUCUAACCAAUCCACCUUCUCUAAGUCCAAUUCGUCGAAAAGGAAAAGAAAAAGAACCAGGAGAGCAGGCCUCUGUACCACUGAGUCCCAAAAAAGGCAAUGAAGCUAGUCCAGCUUCUAGGUCAUCUGAUCCCUCUGGACCUGCUAUAACAAGCAAAUCUUCAACACUGGGAAGUUUCUAUCAUCUUCCUUCUUAUCUCAAGUUAUAUGAUGUUUUAAAAGCUACUCAUGCUAACUAUAAGGUUACAUUGGAUCUUCAGAAUAGCAGUGAAAAGUUUGGGGGGUUUCUUCGGGCUGCUUUGGAUGUCCUUUCACAGAUUCUUGAACUAGCAACACUGCAGGAUAUUGGGAAGUGUGUUGAAGAAAUCUUGGGAUACUUGAAAUCCUGUUUCAAUAGAGAACCUACAAUGGCUACUGUUUGUGUUCAACAGUUGUUGAAGACUCUGUUUGGGACAAAUCUGGCAUCGCAGUAUGAUGGCUUAUCUUCCAAACCCAGCAAAUCUCAAGGAAAAGCCCAGCGUUUGGGUUCUUCUAGCUUGCGUCCUGGCCUGUAUCAUUAUUGCUUCAUGGCACCAUAUACGCACUUUACACAGGCCUUGGCUGAUGCAAGUUUGAGGAAUAUGGUCCAGGCAGACCAAGAACAUGAUACUUCUGGAUGGUUUGAUGUGCUCCAAAAAGUAUCUACACAGUUGAAAACCAACCUUACAAGUGUGACAAAACACCGUGCAGAUAAGAAUGCUAUUCACAACCACAUUCGUUUAUUUGAGCCUCUUGUCAUCAAGGCUUUAAAACAAUACACCACAACAACAUCUGUGCAGUUGCAGAGGCAGGUUCUAGACUUGCUGGCACAACUGGUUCAAUUACGAGUUAACUACUGCCUUCUGGAUUCUGAUCAGGUGUUUAUUGGAUUUGUGUUAAAGCAGUUUGAAUACAUUGAAGUGGGCCAGUUUAGGGAGUCAGAAGCAAUUAUUCCAAAUAUCUUCUUCUUCUUAGUAUUAUUGUCUUAUGAGCGCUAUCACUCAAAGCAAAUCAUUGGAAUUCCUAAAAUAAUUCAACUCUGUGAUGGCAUCAUGGCAAGUGGAAGGAAAGCUGUCACACACGCCAUACCAGCACUGCAGCCCAUAGUUCAUGAUCUCUUUGUGUUAAGGGGAACAAACAAAGCAGAUGCUGGAAAAGAGCUUGAGACACAAAAAGAGGUGGCUGUGUCCAUGUUACUAAGACUUAUUCAGUACCAUCAGGUAUUGGAGAUGUUUAUCCUAGUCCUACAACAGUGUCACAAGGAAAAUGAAGACAAAUGGAAAAGAUUAUCUCGACAAAUAGCUGACAUCAUUCUCCCAAUGUUAGCAAAACAACAGAUGCAUAUUGAUUCUCAUGAAGCUCUUGGUGUAUUGAACACUUUAUUUGAAAUACUGGCUCCUUCAUCCCUCCGUCCUGUAGACAUGCUUUUACGAAGUAUGUUCGUUACCCCCAAUACAAUGGCUUCAGUGAGUACUGUUCAGUUGUGGAUAUCAGGCAUCCUAGCUAUUCUGAGAGUGCUUAUAUCCCAGUCAACUGAAGACAUUGUUCUUUCUCGGAUUCAGGAACUUUCUUUCUCUCCUCAUUUAAUUUCAUGCCAAAUAAUUAAAAAAUUAAGAGAUGGGGGCAGUAGCUUACCAACACCAGAAGAUCAGAGUGAAGUGAAACAAGCUGCUAAGUGUUUGCCAGAAGAAACAUUUUCAAGAUUUCUGUUACAGCUGGUGGGCAUUCUUUUGGAGGACAUCGUUAUGAAGCAGCUAAAAGUGGAGAUGAGUGAGCAGCAGCACACGUUCUAUUGUCAGGAACUGGGCACACUGCUCAUGUGCCUGAUUCACAUCUUCAAGUCAGGAAUGUUCAGGAGAAUCACUGCAGCUGCCACUAGACUCUUUACAGGUGAUGGCUCUGAUGGCAGCUUUUAUACCCUGGAAAGCCUGAGUGAGCUGGUGCGAUCUAUGAUUCCUACCCAUCCUUCCUUAGUGCUCCUGUGGUGUCAGAUCCUACUGCUUGUCAACUAUACCAACUACAACUGGUGGUCCGAAGUGCAUCAGACCCCCAAAAGGCACAGUCUUUCCAGUACGAAACUACUCAGCCCUCAGAUGUCUAGCGAUGGUGAGGAUUCCCACUUGGCAUCCACACUUGGUGUGUGCAAUAGAGAGAUAGUACGAAGAGGCGCGCUCAUUCUUUUCUGUGAUUAUGUUUGUCAGAACCUAUACGAUUCAGAACAUUUAACUUGGCUUAUUGUCAAUCAUAUUCAAGAUCUGAUCAGUCUCUCCCAUGAACCUCCAGUACAAGACUUUAUUAGUGCUGUCCACAGGAAUUCAGCUGCUAGUGGGCUUUUCAUCCAGGCAAUUCAGUCUCGAUGUGAAAACCUUUCAUCUCCAACAACCUUGAAGAAAACUCUGCAGUGCCUGGAGGGCAUUCACCUCAGCCAGUCAGGGGCUGUGCUCAUGUUGUAUGUGGACAAGCUUUUGUGUACUCCAUUCCGUGUGCUGGCUCGCAUGGUCGACACACUUGCUUGUCGUCGAGUAGAAAUGCUUUUGGCUGCUAAUUUACAGAACAGCAUGUCACAGCUUCCUGUGGAAGAACUGAAUAGAAUCCAGGAAUACCUUCAAAAAAGUGGAUUAGCUCAGAGACACCAAAGACUCUAUUCCCUGCUGGACAGGUUUCGUCAUACUGUAGCACCAGAGACAGCUAGCCCUUCUCCUGUAGUCACUUCACACCCCCUGGAUGGGGAAAAUCACUUGUCACUAGAGAUGAUAAAUCCAGACCAAGACUGGUAUUUGUCUCUAGUCAAAUUUCAGUGUUGCACUAAGUCAGACUCGGCACUGCUGGAAGGUGCAGAGCUAGUUAAUAGGAUUCCUCCUGGUGAACUGACCCCCUUCAUGCUGAGUAAGGAGUUCAAUUUAUGCCUCUUAGCUCCUUGCUUAAGUCUUGGUGUCCGUGAAAUCUCCAGUGGUCAGAGUAGCAGCCUCUUUGAGACAGCCCGGUCAGUGACCCUGGACCGUGUGGCUAGUCUUGUACAGCAGCUUCCAUCCAGCCAUCAAGUUUUCCAGCCCCUUCUACCCAUUGAAACUUCAGCCUAUUGGAAUCAGCUAAGCGAUCUCUUUGGAAAUGCUGUGAUUUAUCAGUCAGUUACUACACUGGCCUGUGCCCUUGCUCAGUACUUAGUACUGCUUUCUAAGUUACCAAGCCAUCUUCAACUUCCUCCUGAAAAAGAGAGUGACAUUCUGAAAUUUGUUGUGGCGGCACUUGAGGCCCUCUCAUGGCACUUAAUACAUGAGCAGAUGCCAUUAAGUAUGGAUCUACAGGCUGUCCUGGAUUGCUGCUGUCUAACUUUGCAGCUGCCUGCUCUUUGGAAUAUGUUGUCAUCAAUAGAAUAUGUCACCCAUGUGUGCUCCCUAAUUCAUUGUGUUCGAUUUAUUCUAGAAGCAAUUGCAAUUCAACCUGGGGAUCAACUUCUUAGUCCAGAAAGAAGGAAGAAUACCCCAAGAGGAAUCAGUGAAGAUGAAAUUGAUUCAAAUAUGCAAGUUCCCAGGUAUAUUACAGCUGCUUGUGAAAUGAUCGCAGAAAUGGUGGCAGCGUUACAGACUGUUUUGUCUUUGGGUCACAAGAGGAACAAUGGAAUUCCAGCUUUCCUUACUCCUGUACUCAAAAACAUCAUCAUCAGCCUUGCCAGACUGCCAUUAGUUAACAGCUAUACCAGAGUGCCUCCCUUGGUAUGGAAACUAGGAUGGUCACCUAAACCUGGAGGGGAGUUUGGCACAACACUUCCUGAGAUCCCCGUAGAAUUUCUUCAAGAAAAAGAGAUCUUUAAAGAGUUCAUUUAUCGUAUUAAUACCUUGGGAUGGACAAGUCGCACUCAGUUUGAAGAGACCUGGGCCACCCUGCUUGGUGUCCUUGUAACUCAGCCCAUUGUGAUGGAUCAAGAAGAGAGCCAACAGGAAGAAGAUACAGAGAGAACCCAGAUCAAUGUUCUUGCAGUACAAGCCAUCACAUCAUUGGUGCUAAGUGCAAUGACCCUUCCUGUUGCAGGCAAUCCAGCGGUUAGCUGCUUGGAGCAACAGCCCCGAAACAAAGCUCUUAAAGCUCUGGAUACAAGGUUUGGGAGAAAACUGAGUGUUAUCAGGGGAAUUGUUGAGCAAGAAAUUCAAGCAAUGGUUUCAAAGAGAGACAACAUUCCCACACAUCACUUGUACCAGGCUUGGGAUCCUGUUCCAUCUCUGUCUCCAGCUAUGUCAGGUGCCCUUAUCAGCCAUGAAAAACUUCUGCUGCAGAUCAAUACUGAACGAGAAAUGGGGAACAUGAGUUAUAACCUAGGACAGGUCUCCAUACACUCCAUGUGGCUUGGAAAUAACAUCACUCCACUGAGAGAAGAAGAGUGGGAUGAAGAUGAAGAAGAUGAUGGUGACCUACCUGCCCCUUCUUCACCCCCAACAUCUCCAAUAAACUCCAGGAAACACCGGGCCGGAGUUGACAUACAUUCUUGUUCACAGUUUCUGCUUGAAUUAUACAGUCAGUGGAUACUCCCAUCAAGUUCAGCCAAAAGAACCCCAGUCAUUCUGAUCAGUGAAGUAGUAAGAUCUCUCCUGGCAGUUUCAGACUUGUUUACAGAAAGGAAUCAAUUUGAGAUGAUGUACUUGACACUCACAGAGCUACGAAGGGUGCAUCCUUCUGAAGAUGAAAUUCUCAUUCAAUAUUUAGUACCAGCCACUUGUAAAGCUGCGGCUGUUCUGGGGAUGGAUAAAGCUGUUGCUGAGCCAGUGAGUAGGCUGCUGGAGACCACACUCCGAAGCACCCAUUUGCCGAGCAAGAUUGGAGCAUUGCAUGGCAUCCUCUAUGUGCUUGAAUGUGACCUACUUGAUGAAACAGCAAAGCAGCUCAUUCCAAUUAUCAGUGAUUACCUCCUUUCAAAUCUCAGAGGAAUCGCUCAUUGUGUGAAUUUGCACAGUCAGCAACAUGUCCUGGUGACCUGUGCUGCUGCCUUCUACCUUAUGGAGAAUUACCCCCUGGAUGUAGGCCCUGAGUUUUCUGCUGCAGUUAUACAGAUGUGUGGGGUGAUGCUUUCUGCCAGUGAAGAAUCCACUCCAGCCAUCAUUUAUCAUUGUGUCCUGAGAGGUUUAGAACGACUUCUUCUUUCAGAGCAGCUUUCCAGGCUGGAUGGAGAAUCCUUAGUUAAGCUCAGUGUUGACCGAGUGAAUGUGCACAGUCCUCACCGAGCCAUGGCCGCCCUGGGCUUGAUGUUAACUUGCAUGUAUACAGGAAAAGAAAAAAUCAGCCCUGGCAGAACCUCAGAUCCCAACCCCACUGCCCCAGACAGUGAGUCUGUCAUUGUUGCAAUGGAGCGAGUAUCUGUUCUCUUUGAUAGGAUCCGGAAAGGAUUUCCCUGUGAAGCUAGAGUGGUAGCACGGAUCCUUCCUCAGUUUCUAGAUGAUUUUUUCCCUCCUCAGGAUGUAAUGAACAAAGUUAUUGGAGAAUUUCUAUCGAACCAGCAGCCAUAUCCACAAUUCAUGGCAACUGUUGUAUAUAAGGUGUUUCAGACGUUGCACACCACAGGACAAUCAUCUAUGGUCCGAGAUUGGGUGAUGCUCUCUCUCUCAAACUUCACUCAGAGGACCCCAGUUGCAAUGGCCAUGUGGAGUCUCUCCUGUUUUUUCGUCAGUGCUUCCACUAGUCAGUGGGUUUCAGCAAUCCUUCCACACAUCAUCAGCAGGAUGGGGAAAUCGGAACAAGUGGACAUUAAUCUUUUCUGCCUGGUGGCCAUAGACUUUUACAGACACCAGAUAGAUGAGGAGCUAGAUCGCAGGGCCUUUCAGUCUGUGUUUGAGGUGGUAGCAUCUCCAGGAAAUCCCUACCACCGAUUGCUGACUUGUUUGCAAAAUGUUCACAAGAUUGCAGCCUGUUGAAAGUCUCAUGGAACUGGACAGUGCGGGGAUUGGCAGCUUGGGCUGGAGUCCAGUAUGGACACAAGGAAAAACAGGAAGACUUGAUUUCACCCUGGAUGGCUGGGGAUAGGGGAGAGUUCAAGCAAAAAAGUGCAUUUGUGGGUUUCAUGAUUCUCCUAUGCCAGUGUUUGCAUCUCUUUCACACUAUUACAGAAGUGAUUGUUUGCAGUGGGAUGGCCAUGAUGAAGGGUUAUCCAUACACCUUGGGUCGUAUUGGGGAUUGAGACUGAGUUUUUACAAGAACAAAAAGCAAAGCCACAACAGCUGUUUUUGUUAACUCUGUAUGAUAUGGGCUAGUACUAAAUGCAAAGUAACCAGGUGUUUAUAUAUAUUUUUUAAGUGUUCAACCUGUUCAUUGUCACUAGGUUGCAACUGAUCCUUUAUCUUUGACAAAAGUACUCCCUCCAUGCAGGUUACAGACACUGGACACUUUCACGUUUUUAUGUAGCUAUUAUCUGGUAUAAUCAAGCUUUAGAAAGUGUUUCCUAAUGUCUCUCUCAAGCUGAAAGGAAAAGGAAAUCCCAUUUCCAUGAUUAACGCUCCCAGCAUGUACUCCCUGUCUCUUUGGACUUUGGUAGACUGUGAUGUGUGGCAUGGUGGGGAUGUUAGGGGAAGGGGAUCUGGCCCACACACAGCCAUGAUUUAUUUUUCCUUUUUUUUCUUCUCAGGAUUUAACAUUUGAGUCUAUCAGUAAAGAGAUUAAUUUUAACUUAAAGAUUUCUAUAUCCAUGUAAAAAGUAUGUACAAUUGUAAAAUCUGUGCUGCAUGAUGUGCUGUACUUUGAAAUGAUCAAAAGCCACUCUACUGAAUGUCUCUACUGCUCCUAUAUUGUCCCUGCUUUCUCCCUGGGUGCAUCUUCUCACCUUCAUUUUUCAUCCAUCUUAACAGUUAAGUCAAAUCACAUUUUGGUUCAGCAUGUCACCUGCUUUCUGUGUUGACACAUUUGUAACCUUUGAGUUGUGUUCAGAAUAUUCCAUUCAGAUCAUUCAGAAUCAUUUCCCCCAUAGCUCACAAGAACACACACACACACACUCACACACACACAACCAGAAGUUAAUAGAACUUUUCUAGUACAUAGCAGCUGCUCUCAAUAUUCUUUUAUGCACUAGUUUUGUUUUAGGCAAAGAUAACUUCCUAACCCCUCCAGCUCCCUAGUAGCUGACUUAUUCUGUUACUCUUAAACAGUAGGGGCAAGUGUCCUUUUGGAUAUAUGCAGCCGUUACCUUUGGCCAAGAAUCCGCUUCCUUGGUCUGUUGAGUUAACAUCUCAAACACUCUCAGUAUUGGGGCUUUGUCUCCUUCUGUUAGGUUUGAUUUCUGAAUUAACGAUCAGUUUUCUUUCUCAGGGUAUGGGUGCCCACAAAGACCCCACCAGUACCUAGGUGAUCCCACUUCUUUAGGAUAGGUCUGCCUUACUUCCUAGUGUCCUUGUUAUAUUUUACCCUUUAUUACACUUUUUCUGAGCACCUUUAGGGAAAGAGCAAACUUUGCUGUUUCCUAUACUGCUUCUUAUCACCCACAUAUUUACACAUUUCGGGUCUGAUCCAAUGUAACCAUAGGCAUAUUCUCAUUUUGUUUUGUAUGGUUUGAGGAGUAAACUAGAAGUUUGGACUCUCUUAAAAGCCAGCACCAAAGUCAUGAGCCAAAGAGGUUAUCUACAAAGACUGGACACAAUAAUUGUUUAUAAAUGAUUUGAGAUUUUGGGGGGUAGAAGGGUGAUCAGUCUGACUGCUUAUCAGCAUAAUUCCAUUCCAUCUUACUUGGACCAUACUUCUCUUCAUGGCCACAUUAUAGCUAAGUCACUUAAAUCAAAGUGAACCUAGGAAGGCUUUACUGGCCUGGUUUGGAGUUGUGGCAUUUUAUUUUUUUAUUGUUUUAUUGUUUUUAUCUGUAAGCAUCCGUGGUAUAUUUGAUUGAGGAGUAUACUAACUUUUCCUCUAUUUGAGUCAAAGUAUGUUCUUCAUGGCUACUCCUACUCAUUCCUGCUGUGGUAGUGAGUUUGGUCCUAAACCUCAAACCCCAGUUAGUUCUUUUAUAUGUUUGACAGUUUAAAUGAGAGUAGUAUUAUAAUCUGUUUUCCAAAGUUUUCAGGAAGAAGAAAGCCUUCCUUAGAGCACCUUGUUUUUUUUACUUUUAUCUCAUAAUAAUACACCCUGAAACAACAUUUAAUUGGUUUCCAGAACACAUAAGGCCCUCCUCUUACAAGCUCUGUAUUUUUAUAAACUGAGGAAGAUUCAGACUGCGACUGCCUUAAAAACUUACAAAAUUGACUCUUGGUGGUGACCGUAAGACCCAUUUCAUUCUACCUACAGUCACUUUCCUACUGAAAGAUUCCCUGUCUUAUUUGGUACACAAGUGAUAUUAGCUGACCCUUGAGCUAUUUUGGCAUUUGGAGGAGGGAAGUUUUGUCCUUUAAAGAUCUAAAAAAAGAAAAACUCAAACCUUUUAAUGGUUAAUGUCAAGCUUUUCUUCUCCCCUCACAGAGAAACAUCUUUAUCAAAUCAGGACUCAUGAUGUUUUCCUGUGUGUGGCAACAGUAGACAAUGAUGGAGGUACAUGGUUUUGCAGGGGACACUAUUAAGUAUUAUGUGGGGGGUUUGGUGUUUUUCCUUCUUUUAAUUUUAACAGUAGCCUUAAGGCAGAGAAAUAACUUCUCCUCUGUUAGUUUUGUUUUUUUUACUUGACUGACAUGCUUUCUCCAAAAAAAGUCAACGAUAAGUGGCUGUGAAAAGCCAUAAUAUUUUUGAAUAUUGGCAAAGUUUGAAGAAAGAAGGCUCUUGGAUUUUUGGGCUCCUUGACAUUUGUUCAAUACUUUCUAAUUAAAAAAAAGCCAUAUAUAUAUAUAUAUAUAUAUACAGAGAGAGAAUGGGAACUGAACAUUCCUAUUGACUGAAAUAUUUAAAUUGCCCCAUGAUUAUAUUAAUGAUUUUUGAAGAACGUGUGAUUUAGAACUUUUCCCCCAAUUAAAACUAUGUUUGCCUAUUUGAGAAAGUAAUUGACCUUGCCCUUUUUUCUCUGGCGGAAUUAAUUUUAUGAGUCACACUAAUACAAGCAAACAGACCCUGAGGCAAUAUAGCUUAAGUCCAUGGAAAGAAAUUUGCUUUUGACUAUAUCUAAACACAUACAGAAAGAUGAGCCCAGCCAACAUACACACUGUUGUUUAUCUUGGAGGUAUGAAGCAGAAACUCCUUUUAUCUGCUGUAUUAAAUUUGGUUGUGUAUAACUGAGCAUCUGUUAGAAAGGUGGGACUUAAUUUCGUGUUAAAAAUCUACUUGGAGGAUGAUAGCCUGACAAAUCAGAUCUUGUUGGAAGGAAAAAUUUAUUAAGUUCCAAAUAUUUAAAGCAGAUAAUUCAAUCAAAAUAAGUUUUAAUGAAACCACACAAUGUUAACUACUUACUUUUUUUCCUAUGGAAAAUAUCAAGAAAUAUAAUAUAUUGGGGGCUAGGUAGAAUGAUGCAGAAGUAAAUUCAAUGUAUUUAUUAUCAAGGGAUGUCCCUUAUUUUCCAAUGUUACCUGAUUUAUUUGUGGGGUUUCUUAUUACCAGGACUGAACAGCUUUCUUCAACUAAUUUCAAAUACAUUCUUCCUCCCUGACCCUCACCCCUUUCUCCUUUAUAUUGGCAAAUUUAUUCUUUAUAGAGAAUAGGAUUAAUAUGAAAAGCUGCCAGCCAUUGUCUAUGGGGAAUACAGAGCAGAACUUCAAUACUGAAUUCAAAAUCCACCAAACAGGUAGUCAUUUAAUUAGUCAUCUCCUAGCCUUCAGAAUCUUUUGUAUUAAGCCCUUCCAACCAGGGCAUCAAAGGGAACCUUACUUCAUACCAUAUUAUAAGACGGCAUGGCCCAAAAGAAAUGAUUUCACAUGUGGUAUGUUUCCAGAACCAAGAAAUGUGCUCAGGUGUAAUGAACUAUAAAUAUAGCAAUAUUUUUUAGCUCAUUAUCAAAUCUUAAAUGUUUUGAUACCUUCUCUCCCCUUCCCCAUAUUCCCACACCCCACUUAUGAAUAAAAUGCCUUUGGUUUUGGAAAUCCCUACUAUGCAACAUGCCUGGAAAAAAAAUUACUGACUGUUUGAGUCAGCUGGAAUGUGACUCUGGGAGGCACUAGCUUUAUAACUGUAUAAUAGAACAAGUGCUAGGGGAGAUGACAAUGGACCAUUUAAGGCCAGAGGGCAGAGUAGGGUGAUGCCAUUAUGUUGGCUGCCAUUUUGAAUUUGGGAUGUUGAUGUGGUUCAGGCAGGAAAGGGAAAUGUUAACACCUCCUAGCUGGUGGAACCAGAAUGGAGAGAAGGGUGGAAGAGGAUAGGGCUGAGGCAGGAAUCCUGCCUACCCUCUGCAGGUGACUUGGAGAAGGUAGGCCCUGCACAGGCCCACCACUUUUUAAGAUGACCUUAAAGCAGGCUCUGGGGUUCAUGAGCUGGCCUUACCAAGCAGAGGUGCUUGACUGGGUAGAUUGUUAGGUGAGUUUCAACCAGAGGCUCACCCAAGAAACUGGAAGGACCCUCCCCUCCCCUCCACCCCACUCAUUGAGAAGGAUGGAAUCGGCCAAUAGCACCACUGAGAGGACUCCAUCAUAUUGGAAGGCAUUCUCAGUGAAGUGUUUUGCACUCUCAUCCACUGCUUGUGUGUAUGGGCUUCUUUCUGUUUCCAUCAGCUUUUGCCUGCACGUUGCCAGACAGAACAAAACAGCCUGAUGGGCAGAAGCUCUGUCAUUGUCUAACCAUUCAAGUCCUGUGUCAUCGCCAUCCUCAAAACUAGGAGGGCUAUGAUGGGUGAAGCCUGGAGCCCUAACAUACAUGUAGCUGUGCCCAUCGAAUAGAGAAAAUAUUUAAUUUAGACAUAUGUUCACAUUUUGGAAACUGCUGAAAAUAUUGCACAUUCAAGUAAAGAGAAUAAAAUUUAAAUUGUUGCUGUAA